UGUCAGCGCACAAUUCGUCUCUCUAGUCUCUACUCAGAAUCAUGAACCAAAUUCAUUCAAUUUUUCCCACUAAAAAGUAAAAUACCUUCUCACACCUCUGUAAACCCUAAACCCUUUCGAAACUUUCUCCAAACGGACGAAAUAUGUUCUCUCCGGGAACGAAGAGGUCCAAAUGGAGCUCACACAAACAGCGAAAUGUGGAGCAAACGUUGGCCGAUUCCCCUAUCACACCACUUGCAGAUCACCGUAAAUCAGUCGCUGAUAAUUCCAUUCCCAAUCGCCCCACCACCGGCACUCCUGCUCCUUGGACUCCGGCCCGAUCCUCUGUUCUCGCCAGAUUUUCAGGAGUGAACAACAGUGAAAAAGGCAAUGAGGCAGAUUCAAUUAGGCCCGUAUUUGUUGCAGAAUUCCCUCAAGUGGUUCGUGAUGAACAGACUAGUUUUCUGAGGAAGCAUGUUCGUGGUGAUGCAUGCAUAUCUGGUGGAAUGGAUAAAGAAACAUGUUUUUCUUGGAUUGUCUGUGGAAACAGACUAUUUAUCUGGAGUUACUUGACAUAUCCAGCUUCAAAAAAAUGCAUCGUACUUGAGCUUCCUUCAGUUGUUUCAGAAGACGGAGAUCUUAGUAGAACUUCCUAUGAUAAUAACAGUUGGAUACUUUGUGUUGUCGAUUGGGAUAGGAUCUAUAGAGGAGGGAACAAGGUUUUACAACCUUGCAACUCUGCUGGUAUUGUAUUGUGUAACCGAAAAACUCGGGCCGUUGUAUACUGGCCAGACAUCUAUGGUGAAGGAGGCAGUAAUCCAGUUGUUAGUCUUGCAUCUUCUGAUGAAUCAGAGGUGAAUUCUCCAUCAGUUGAUGGUAAGUCCCUUUACACCAGGCAGCAGCAACGGAGUAAGAGGGAUAAAAGUCCGAGUUCAUUCAACUCUUUCAUUGCUUCUGCAGUCCCUGCUACCCAGCAUGCUGUUGUGGCCCUUGCUUGUAGUUCCAGUGGUGAGCUUUGGAAGUUCUGCUGCAGGCCGACUGGGAUCCAGCGAAAUCUAGACCUUAGUCUCUGUCCUGAAGGUAGUGAUGGUUGCCAUCAUGUAGGAGGUGAAGGCUAUCCAAGGUCACUGAUCUGGCGUUUUUCACCUUAUUUUCUGGAAGACACUAAGCAGUUUUUUCUCCUGACAGAUCAUGAGAUACUAUGUUUAAAUAUUACACUUAAUACUGAUUUAAAUGUGUCAAAGCUCUGGUCUCAUGAAAUUGUAGGCAGUGACGGUGAUUUGGGGAUUAAGAAGGAUCUUGCUGGUCAGAAACGAGUCUGGCCUCUUGAUGCGCAGGUGGAUGAUAAUGGCAAAGUGAUCACAGUUCUUGUAGCCACCUUUUGUAAGGAUCGGAUUAGCAGCUCAACCUACACACAGUAUUCUCUACUGACCAUGCAAUAUAAAUCGGGGGUAAACACAUCCUCUGGCGCAAAUGAUAGGUUUUUGGAGAAAAGGGCCCCUAUCCAAGUGAUAAUUCCAAAAGCAAGAGUAGAAGAUGAGGACUUCUUAUUCUCCAUGAGACUCAGAAUUGGGGGGAAGCCUCCAGGUUCAGUAACUAUACUAUCUGGUGAUGGGACGGCAACUGUCUCUCAUUAUUAUAGGAACUCUACUCGGUUAUAUCAAUUUGAUUUACCUUAUGAUGCAUGGAAGGUUCUUGAUGCAUCGAUUCUUCCUUCUAGCGAUGAUGGUGAAGAUGGUGCCUGGGUUGUAUUAACUGAGAAAGCAGGAAUAUGGGCAAUUCCAGAUAAGGCUGUAAUACUUGGUGGAGUUGAACCACCUGAGAGAAGCUUGUCACGUAAAGGGAGCUCCAAUGAAGAAUCUCCACAAGAAGAGAAAAGAAUUCCUAGUUUUUCCGGCAAUAUUGGUCCUAAAAGGGCUACUUCUGAAGGAUGGGCUACUAGAGAUAGACAAAAGGCUGUUACGACUGGGAUUGCUCGUCGUACUGUCCAAGAUGAAGAAUCGGAAACUUUACUUGGUCAGCUUUUUAAUGAUUUUCUGCAAUCUGGGCAGGUUGACGCUUCACUUGAGAAGCUUAAAAACUCCGGGGCAUUUGAUAGAGAUGGAGAAGCCAAUGUUUUUACCCGAGCAAGCAAAUCAAUUGUUGACACCUUGGCUAAACACUGGACAACAACUCGAGGGGCUGAAAUUGUUUCUUUGACUGUUAUAUCCCGUCAACUUGUUGAGAAGAAACGGAAGCAUCAAAAAUAUCUCCAGUUUCUUGCUUUAUCCAAGUGCCACGAGGAGUUGUGUUCUAGCCAGAGACAUGCUUUGCAAAUUGUCUUGGAACAUGGUGAAAAGCUUGCUGGUGUGAUUCAAAUGAGGGAACUCCAAAACUUGAUUCGCCAGGACCGCACAAAUGGGGAUGGCUUGUAUUCUGGUUCAGAAGGUCAAAAUUCGGGCGCCCUUUGGGAUCUGAUUCAAUUAGUAGGUGAAAAAGCCCGCCAGAAUACUGUUCUUCUUAUGGACAGAGAUAAUGCUGAAGUGUUCUAUAGUAAGAUCGCCGAUCUUGAAGAAGUGUUUUCUUGCUUAGACAGACACUUAGAGUAUGCAGUGGGUUUAAGACACCCCUUAGGGGUUCAGAUCCAUAGAGCUUGUGAACUCUCAAACGCAUGUGUUGCUUUAAUUCGUACAGCCAUGCAAUACAGAAAUGAGCAUCAGAUGUGGUAUCCACCACCUGAGGGGUUAACACCCUGGUAUUGCCAACAUGUUGUACGCAAUGGGCUUUGGAGCAUUGCUUCCUUCAUGCUUAAGCUGUUAAACGACACAUCUGAGCUUGAUGUAUCUGCAAAAUCAGAUUUAUGUACUCAUCUUGAGUUACUCUCUGAAGUUUUACUUGAGGCAUAUAGUGGUGCUAUUACAGCCAAAUUUGAGCGUGGAGAAGAAUGCAAAGGCUUAUUGGAUGAGUACUGGAAUAGGAGGGAUAUUAUCCUCGACUCUCUUUAUCAGCAAGCCAAAAAUUCAUCGGAAGUCGCGUUCCAGGAUUUGAAUGUAGGAACUGAGGAGCAGAGACAAGAAAUUUUUAGAAAGCUUUCUUCUAGUUUGUUGGCCAUUGCUAAACGCCAUGAAGGCUACAAGACUAUGUGGAAAAUAUGUUGUGACCUCAAUGACUCAGAGCUGCUUAGAAAUCUUAUGCAUGAGAGCGUGGGUCCUAGAGGAGGUUUCAGUAACUUUGUGUUUAAACAACUGUAUGAGAAGAAGCAAUUCUCAAAGCUUCUAAGGCUAGGGGAAGAGUUUCAGGAGGAGCUAUCUAUUUUCUUAAGGCAUCAUCGAGAUCUUCGGUGGCUUCAUGAACUGUUCCUUCAUCAGUUCUCCAUAGCUUCUGAGACUCUUCAUGUAUUAGGUCUUUCUCAAGAUGAUCACUCUUUCUCAGAAGCUGGAGAGCGGGCAGACCCUGAUCUUGCUUAUGCAACUCCAACACUGGCAGACAGAAGGCGAUUUUUGAAUCUGUCAAAGAUUGCUGCUGUCGCAGCAGGUAAGAAUGCUGAUUGGGAGGCAAAGGUGAAACGCAUUGAGGCUGAUUUGAAGAUCUUGAAAUUGCAGGAAGAAAUUAUAAAAUUACUUGCUGCUGAUGACGUGGAGCAAUAUGAUGGACGGCGGCUCCUCCAUCCAGAGGAAGUCAUUGAGCUAUGCCUCAAAAGUGAAGAACCAGAGCUUGCAUUGCGCGCAUUUGACGUCUUUGCAUGGACCAGUUCAUCAUUUCGUAAGAGCCACAAAAGCCUUCUGGAAGAGUGCUGGAAGAUUGCUGCUGAUCUGGAUGAUUGGGGAAAACUCCAUCAAGCAUGCAUAGAUGAAGGGUGGAGUGAUGAUGAGAUGUUAAAGCAUCUGAGGGACACACUGCUUUUCCAGGCCUCAAGCAGGUGCUACGGGCCUCUGGCGGAAGCCAUCGAAGGAGGGUUCGAUGAAGUGUUCCCGCUAAGCCAAGCGAACCUCGAUCAGGAUCCGAGGGACUCGGACUUGUCGGUAGAAGCAAUACUGAUGCAGCAUAAGGAUUUCCCAGACGCUGGUAAGCUCAUGUUGGAUGCAAUCAUGUUGGGAUUAGAGCAUGAUGCUGUAGCGGAUGAUGGUAUCGCACCAAUGGAGUGAUGUUGAUAAUGAGCUUGUGAUGGCUCUGCCAUCUGUUUUCUCUAUGGAGUUGUAUAAGAAAGUAACACAAUUCUUACCCAAUUAAUUACUACGCAUUUUGUUGUUCUUA